CCGCUUCGCUCCGCCAGCACGCGAUCAGUCUUUGUCGGGCGUUCGUACACAGUAUACGCGUCGAGCGAAACUUGGUUCGGCGAGAGCGAUCGGCGCGAGUGUCACAGUGCUACAAGUGACCAAACAAAGUGAACGCAGUGAUUUUACCAUUCGAAGGAUACCCACGAGCAAAUCUGGAGCGAUACGUUAACUUUAGGAGCGUUCGCGUGUGUGAUGCAGCGAUGUCGGUGGCGGUGAGGGCGGCGCUCCUCUGCGCUUGCGCACUGAUGCUGCAGCAAGCAAGCGCGGAGCUCAGAGGGAGGUGUCCGGCGCAAGAAAGCGCGUGCCCUGCGCGUGCGACGCCGUGCACCACGGACGAUGAGUGCGGAGAGAAAAUAUGCUGUUCCACGACCUGUGGUCGCGCCUGUGUCGACCCACUUUUCACUGGAUGUGAGAACGUGAAGCUAUCAGCAGAGCGGAUAUCCCGUGCCUUAGCUGCAGACAACACCCGCGGUGGCCGGGGCAAGCUGCCAGCCAUGAGGACUCCUCGGUGCAGGUUCACGGAUGGAGAGUUUGAGGAGAUCCAGUGUGACAACGAAAUCGUUAGCACGUGUUGGUGUGUUGAUGCUGCUGGGUUUGAGUUACCAGGAACCAGAGCACCCGCCGCAGCCCUAGUCAACUGCUCCCGAAUAGAUCCUUGCGCUGCACAUACCUGCAGAAUGUUGUGUCCUCUCGGCUUCGAGCUCGACCAGCGAGGGUGUCCGCUGUGCAAGUGCAGGGACCCUUGCUCCUCAGUCACCUGUCCUGGACAGCUUUCGUGUCAGUUAGAAGAGGCGCCAUGUUUGAAACCCCCGUGUCCUCCAGUGCCUACCUGUAAACGCGGUCGCAGUUUAAAGAAUAUCUGCCCAGUGGGAGAGCCUCUGUUGAUAUCGGAGACUAGUAGACCGUUCUUGUGUGGAACUGAUCCUGGGAAACCAAACUGUCCACCUUUGUACAGGUGUCUUGUUGAAUCAGGAAAUGACUAUGGAGUAUGCUGUCCAGCGUCUCUAGAACUCCAAAAAGCCGGAACAUGCCCCGCUCUGAACAACGUGGAGGAAUGUGGAUCUCCAUGUACCCACGACUUGGAAUGCCCCUCAAUGCAGAAGUGCUGUGACAAUAGCGAAUGUGGAAAGCAUUGUAUUCUACCACAUAAUGUGACAAUGUGCUCGCAGCAGAAGAUGUUGGCGGAGUUACUGGUUGUUAGUGAAAAGGAGGGAAGAGGUUAUGUGCCCCAGUGUGGUGAAGAUGGAUCCUUUGUAUCUAGGCAGUGCUCUAGGAAUGGAUUAGUUUGCUGGUGUGUUGAUUCAGAAGGCAACAAACUCCGAGGUUCUAUGGGUCCUUCGUCAUCAGUGAAAUGCUCCUCAACACCUCUUCCAGCCCGAAGUGGUGCCCGUAGCUUAGAAUCCUGUGCCCGAGCGCUAUGUGCCGCAGUUUGUGAAUACGGAUAUAAGACCGGGGCUGAUGGGUGUCCUACUUGUGAAUGUGAUGAUCCUUGUGCAGGCUACCCUUGUCCUGAAGGCGAGGAGUGCAUCAGAGUUAGGGACGCUCAGUGCUCCGGAGAUCUUUGUACAGGAUAUCCAGUGUGUCGUCCAAAAGUAUCGUACGAGAACCCUUGCGAGGUCGGUGCUCCGGCUACCGAUAGUAACGGCGUCCCAGAGACCUGCGGUGCUGAUGCUGACUGUCCUGACAACCAUGCGUGCACCAGGUCCAAGAGAAGUGGUACCGCCGUAUGCUGCCCAGACCCUCAUUAUUUCGAUAAUGUCACUGAAUCUGAUGUUAUGGAGAUAAACUUCGAGUCAUGCGGUGUGGAGGCUGAAGCGGUAUGUGGUCUGAACUCCACCGUGGCUUGUCCUGAAGGCGACUGCGAUAGCGACAUGGUAUGCUGUACAACCGCUACCUGUGGCCCAGUGUGUGUCGACCCUGCUAAGAUGAAGCUACAGACUGAUAGAGUUGAUGAUACUCCUACAAUGUGCGAAUACCUCCGCGAUUUCGACGAGAAGAUGGAAGGCACAGUCGACGGCAUGAAGCUAGCUCUACCAGCCCCGACCUGCAAGUCCGACGGCUCCUUCACAUCCCAGCAGUGUGCUAACGGCAGAUGCUGGUGUGUUGAUAGCUUCGGCACGGAGAUACCUGAGACUAGUACGAGGAAUGCUUCCGCUGUGGAUUGUGAUAUGGUCCGCAGCAACCUCUCCUGCCUCGAACUAACCUGCCGCAUGGGCUGCGACUACGGCUUCGAGCUGAACUCCCAGCGCUGCCCCACGUGCCGCUGCCGCGACCCUUGCGCCGGGGUGACGUGUCCUGCAGGCCGCGCAUGUGCUACGGUCGAUGUGGCUUGUGAUGCUGAUUAUUGUCCGCCGGUGCCUGCUUGUCUGCCAAAGAAGCCAGGCCAAUGUCCCUACUUAGUGCCUUCCAACGGUGCUUGCGAGUGGUCGUGCCGGACGGACGCGGAGUGCGGGCCCACAGAGCGCUGCUGCGCGACUGGCUGCGGCACUGCUUGCACGCAGGCCGUGCAUCAGACUGCUUGUCAGCAGAGAAGAGCACUAGCUCUCCAUACAGCGGCUGAGACUGGCAACCCACCUGCUUGGACCUGGGUACCAAAGUGCAAAGAGGACGGAGCUUACGAAACUGUGCAGUGCAGGGGAUCAGACAAGGCUUGCUGGUGUGUCGACGCUGCGGGUAAUGAGAUCCACGGUACCAGAGUAACAAACUCCACGCCGAACUGUGAGCUGCCUAUCGCGUGCCCCAAGCCGAGCUGUGUAGACGAUCUGAUAUGUUCACAUGGAUGGGAGCUGGACAGCAAGGGCUGUCCCACGUGCGAGUGCAAGGAUCCCUGCUCCGAAGCUAACUGUAGACCUGAUGAAACUUGUGAACUUGUGCCUUUGGAGUGUGAGGGUGAAUCCUGUCCGCCUCUGGCGCGUUGCAACCCGGCCCCACAAUGCCCUGACGGCAAGGAACCUCUACGUGCUCCGGAUGACUCGGGCCCCCUGGUGUGUGGGCCCAGUGCGGCGGCCUGCCCUUCCACUCACGCCUGUCGAUUUGCUCCUCACGAUUCUACACCGUCUGUCUGCUGUCCUAAGCCACGUACAGUAUGUUUCGAAAACAAAGACGAAGGAAGUUGCACAGAAGGCGAAGUAUUAAACACGACGAGAUGGCACUUCAACCACGCACGGAACCGUUGCGAGCGGUUCAAAUACCACGGCUGUUCCGGCAACCAUAAUAACUUCCGCACUAAAGAAGAGUGCAAUAACGUGUGUCCUGUGGAAGGGGGUGCUGCGAGCUUGAGAACUAAAAAAAGGAAGACUAGCCACACAUUAAAAGAAGAAGUGUUGAGUCCAUGUGAGAGGCUUAGAGAGAAGAAUGAGGUAGCAGCUCAGAAGUACGGCAAAGGUACCUUCAUACCUAAAUGCGACGUAUCUGGUGCCUGGGAACCUGUGCAGUGCAUGUCACAUAUUGAUGUGUGUUGGUGUGUAAGCGCUCGCGGCGAACCUCUGAAAGGAUCGUUAGUGCGCGGCGCCAAACCUUCAUGCAACUUCAGGCAGGCACGCAAGUGGGUGCCAAGAGACCCGCUCGAUGAACGAGCCAGAGCUGACGAAGUACUGGAAGAACUAAUAAGACAAAUGACAGCAUACAGAGUAGACGAAUAUGACGAUGACGAUGAUGACGAAGAUGAAGAUUUCGAGAUGGACGGCGAGGUUCGGGAUGACGAAUCAUUAGACAAAGUGCUUCAACAAGCGGGAGAAAAAGACGAAGCCGUAUUAGUGUCGGAGGUCGUGGAGCCCAAAGUAGCGGACACCGCGAGAAGAUUGGAGAAACAUUUAGAAGUCCAUUUGGAUAAGAUCGUGUUUAGGACUAAGUGUCAGAUGAUGCAGGAGGAAAUUGAAAACGGUGGUGAAGGACAUCGGCCCCGCUGUCUGGAAACCGGAGAAUUCUCUCCUCGACAAUGUUCCCGUGGAAGAUGUUGGUGUGUUGACGCAGCUGGACAGAGGAGACAACAUGCGGGACCUGUUAACGACGCCCCGGCACCCGAUCCUUGUGAACAAACCCAAAUAGAAACAGCAAUACUAGAGCUAGAACUCCUCAACGUGGACCAGGAAAGCGCGGAAAUGGCUCGCGCGGCGCUCACGGCCAGACUCGCAGCACUAGGAGCCAGGGUCCCUGUCUCCGUGUCAAGGGACCGCGCCUCCGCCAAGCUCAGGGCAGUGCUCACUGGACCCAGAGCUGUGGAUUAUGUCUAUCAUAUUGAGAACUUGGUGAAACAAGAGAAACUUUCGAAUGGCAUGAAGUUGGCCAAUCCAAUGGUGCUGGGCGCUGACGUCAUCCGCAGCGAGUAUCGCCUCACGUCGCCCAACAAGGCCGCCAUGCAACAGCGGGAGAUACUCAGCGAGUCUACUGUAUCAGCGACCACCUCCUACCACACAGCACUCAUAGUAUUAGCAGCCACUUCAGCGUUCAUCAUCAGCGUGUUAUGUGUUCUCGUGAUGCUCUACCGCGCGAGAUUACAACGCGAGCCACAGAAAGCGGAACGGUUUCUUCCCGCCGCACCCCCAGUCUACGUCCUCUCUGCUGACGAGAAAGCCGAACUAGCGAGAGUCCUACACGCUCCCCCUCCCCCUAUCCCACCCCUACAUGACGACCAAGCAAGAGUAUAACCGUAAGACAUUAUAUAUGCUUUAAAACUUUACUGUAGAAACAUGGAUAUGACAACUCAAAUUUCCCGCUAAAGUAAAAUGGCGCAGAAUGUGUUGCCAAGUAGUAAAAGAAAGACUCAAAGAGUAAACUUUUGUCUAUGAUCAUCGGGCAAAGGUGACAAUAAAAACAUAAGGCCGGGAUCAGACUUUCAGCACACGAAUUUAUCUGCUAGUUAUUGACUUAAAGUAUAAUAUUGAUUCUAUUUACAUAAUCAACUUAUUCAAUUUACACAAUUAGUGAAGAAUCUAGAAUAUUGACUUUAAUAGAUAUCUUGAUCUAUUUAUUCACUUUUGCCGAUCACCAAACAUCAUGUUUGGUUUAACAGAAAUGUCAUAUCUAUGUGAAUGUGGUAAUUAACGGUAUUACUUGAAUACUGUAAAGGAUGGUUUAUCUACGUUACUCGUUAAUGAAGCUAUUGUAAUGAUAGUACAGGUACUAAAGUAAUUAUAGGGUCCAAAAUAAUAUUGGCUAGAAUUUUGAGUAACGUAGUCGUAUUCAAUAAAUAUCUUACCUCUGUAUUUGUAAUUUUAUAUACUUACCAUGUACUUAUCAUAAAAAAAAUAUCACACUAGUAGACUCAUUAUGAAAUCGACUAACAUUUUGAAAUUUAAAAGAUCAAUAACUGAUAUUAGUGUAAAUUGAAAAUCGAAUUGUAAGUACAGAGUUAAGUUUAUAAGACAUCAAUCAGAUGUUGUGAAUGAACGUAAGUAUGAUAUGAUUAGAGACUGAUAGGUGAUGGUCGCAUUCUCCUGAAAGAAUCUCUGAUAUAUCCUGUAAACUAUGCGGUAGUUACAGACUUCAUUUCGAUACAUUAUGGACUUCUACUAAGACUUACUGGUGGUCAUAAUAUAAGCAGGCAAUACCACAAACAAAAUUGUAACUACCGCAAAGUAUGUAGUAGGAUCUAUAAUUUCCGAUUCUAGGAAACUAUGACAUGCAUAAUAAUGAAGUGAAAUAUUAUAUGUAAAUGUGUUGUCAUAAUUUCUAAGAUUCAGAAGCAAAGUAUCUUGUUAUGUUUUAUAUUAGUGUAAGAAACUAUUAUUAAGUAAGCGCAGAGGCGCGCGUAAAUUAAUACUACGCGCGCCUUUACGCACUCUUUAGUUCCUCUCGUUGAGUCUCGCUCUCCUAUAUCCCUACAAUAAUAAAAUAAAACCUUAUAGUCCACAAUUUUCCGCAAAAUAUAUAAAAAAAAACAUGGAAUUUAUUUACACCAAUCAAGAACGCGGCUCGACGUAGAACUAAUCUAGUCUGUUUUUUAUUCAUGAUCCCUUAUUCACCCCAUCAUUACAAAUCAUCUAUUUCCCUUUGUAUUUGUAAAUAAGUAUAAUAUUUAUUUAAGUACCACUGUAACUUUCAUCUGAACCAAAUUAUACACAUUUGACAGGCAUUCCCAUUUUAUGAUUAGUUAUGUUUAAGUUUGAACCAACUUUCUUAGCACCCAUUUAUUGAAAAAGUCUCGAAAUAAAGAAUUUAUAAAUAUUA